GUGAACUACGUGCGGAGCUGGCUUCGUAGACCCUAUGAAGGUAUCGCUGGUUCGCGCGUCAUGGCGGAAGCUCAUGUGACGUCCACCAAGCGACGGGCGACCCAUAAUGAGGCUGAAAAUAACCCAGCAGCAUUCGAUGCAAACGGUGCCAGGAAACGCAGAGCGUUCCUUCAGACAAUGGGCCAGCAGCUGCGCGAGUUUGGAAAUGACGGAACAAGCCCACAAGACCACAACCGCAACACGUUUGGCACCAGUCCAGCUAGUAAUCUUCGUCCACCAUCUAGCGCAGGUAAUGGCGCCACAAGUCACACAUCAGUCCGGCCUGUGGACACGCCAGAGAGUGAUGCCGCGCCUGGUGAGGAAGAGCAGUUGCCCGCAGGCGCUAUCAAAAGCGCAUCAAGGUGGCUCUGGAGGCCAGACGAAGUCCUCUCGCAAACCUCAGAAAGUAUCGCGCCAUCGAUCAUCUUUGACGACCUCCUCGAAUGGAGCCAAUCAUAUUUCGAUCACUGGCAUCCUGCUUUUCCCUUCUUACACGCCCCGUCACUACUGGACUACUUCCGCCAAGUCGUGCAGAGAGGCGUACGUGCUGCAACGCUAUCCACCGUAAACGAGCUGCAAUACAUUAUACUCCGCUCAGUCAUGUCGAUGUCCAUCUGUGAUCGACGACAGAUGGAUACUACGACUAAACCAGUACCAACACAGCUUGUGUUUCACUCGUUCAACGACGCCAUACGAAGUACACAGCUGGUGCUAACUGAAGAAAGUUCGGUCUUAUCAUUGCAGGCUCUGUUGGAUAGACAUAUUUGCAUCAGACUGGGAACCCCGCUUGGCAUACGGUCGGACGAGAUCAACGUGUGCUAUCCACAUAGCGAGCGACAUCACGACAGUGAGCAUCAAGGAAAGGAUGGUGAGCGCGACAAUCGGCUAGACUUGCUAGACUUUUUAGCUCGACAUGCUGAUAUCCGUGGCUCUAUCAUGCAGACGCGGCACCGAUCUUUCUUGCAUGGCAGUGCAAACGAGACGGAAGAAGCCCUGGAAAUGGAAGCAGAGCACACCAGAUGGUGGAACAUGGUUGAUGAAUACCUCUCCAACGAGGACCAAGUGCAGACGAUAUCCAAAACCCAUCAAGUCACGCUCAUUGUCCUUCGUUUCGAAUCCAUUCUCGCGCUGCAUCGCUCCGUGCUGGCGACUUCAAAGAAAGAUGCAGCAUAUAAUGUGGCACUGCAACGAUGCAUAUCGGCUUCGCGUUCCAUCAUCAACACUCUGCACAAAGCGCUUCGCGGUUUCGGUGCAUUUGACGGCUCACCUGGCCAACACGGGUACGAACGAACUCCCCUGCUUUGGCCUUCAUUCACAUGGGCAGUAUGGAUGAGCACAUUCGUUAUCUUGUCGGCUGCGACAGAAGGCCAGGUUACUCGAGACAUUGCAAUGAGGCUUUCGAAUCGGAGCAUACAUAUUCUAAAGCACCUGGCGCUGAGAGGCACAAGCUGGCCCGAUGCCUGUAUAAUCGCCAUCCAGAACCUCACAACGCGGCUGAGCAAACCGUCAACGCGAAGCUCUACAGUUGCGCCUGGUGCUGCGGCGGGACGCGAAAGCCAUCCGCCUGGCGAGACGUCGCUUUUACUUGAUGCUCGUCACACAACCCGCGCCAACAAUCCUACAUACGACUACCUAGGGGGCGCCGGCAACUUCCUCGGCAUCGCGCAGCAGUAUUCGGAUAACCCGCUGCCAAACGAAGAGAUCAUGCACCUGUUCAACGGCGAAGACCUGGACUAUUGGUGGGGUGGAGAAGUCGGCUCUGCAGGAAACAUGGCAUAUCAGACUGGGAAUUUUCGAUGA